GUGUGGGCUCCGGAUGUCACUCCGGGGCCUCCGGUCGCCGGCCUCGCCGGAGCUUUGGUUGGAGAUGCGCACCACGCUCCUCCGAACCGCGCUGCUGCGCCACGAGAUCGCCCACCUGGCGCAGAACAUCCAGUCCUACGUGAUGUUCGAGGUGUUGGACACUUCCUGGGCCAAGCUGCAAGUUGGUUGGCGGGCCUGCACUGACUUGGACCAGGUGAUAUUGCAGCACGAGCGUUAUUUGGCGGGCCUCGAGGAGGGGGCCUUCUUGGCCCGAGGCAGCGAGGCUGUCCUCUCUGGAGUCUCCAACUUGCUCAACCUGGCCUUGGAGUUCUGCGCUUUGCAAGAGCAGGCAUGUGCUUCAUCCUUCGAAGCAGCAGAAGCCAUGAUGGAGGUGGAGGCGGACGUGGCAGAUCUGUUUCAGGCUGCGCGGAGCCGGCCCUUCGCGCGGUCCCUCGCGGAGUGCCGGGGGCAGCUAGAUACUUUAGCCACAGCUUUCGUCCAGAAGCUCCAGGCUCUUCUGCGCGCGUUGGAGGAGCAACCAGAGCGAUCUUCAGACCUCAGUUUUCUGCUGUGCCGAUUGGACUUCAACACGUACUACGAGAAGCGAGCGGGGUGACACUCGUGAGCGCAAUCCAGUUCUAGUGUCAAGCAUCGACGUCUGGUGCAAAAAUUUCGUGGGCAUAUGCACAUGUGGGAUGUAGUGUUGCUUUCUCAGUUGUCCAGCGCGGGCCCUUUUGCUCAAAGGAACGCAUGGACUGCUCA